GAACAACCACCCUCGCAGCCGGCGAGCAGUUUGAAUACCACCCGGUCGCCGCCGCGUCGCGGCCCACGAGUCAAUCGUAAGAUUAGCGCUCAGGUGACGAAGCUGGAAGCCGUCGAUGAUGCUGUUGACCCUCUCGGACCCCUCGGAGGCAGCGGCCCCUCAUUGUUCACCGAGCAGGCCCCAAUGCCCCCCCAGAAGGAGCCGGCUGUCGGUCCUAGCCCGACACAUCUGGUCUCGCCGACGCCGCAGCAGCCCUUGUUUGGAGUGUCAUCGGAGGCUGGCACUCUCGAGGAGGACGGAUCCGGCUUAAAGGGUCCCCCCCCCGUCCAGCCUCCGGUAGACGCCGAGAGAGCGCCCAAGCGACAGUCGCAGCCUAGUAUGAGCGUGGAACAGGCCGCGAAGCCUACAUUCGACAUCGAGGUCGGUGAUCCGCACAAGGUGGGAGACCUGACAAGCAGUCACAUUGUCUAUCAGGUCCGAACAAAGACUACAUCCAAAGCAUACCGAGUCCCCGAGUUUACUGUGAGCCGUCGCUACCGUGAUUUCCUCUGGUUGUACAGCUCGCUGCACAACAACAACCCUGGUGUUGUCGUGCCGCCUCCGCCCGAGAAGCAGGCUGUCGGCCGGUUCGACACGAACUUUGUCGAGUCCCGACGUGCGGCACUGGAGCGCAUGCUUAACAAAAUCGCGGGGCAUUCGGUCUUGCAGCAUGAUGCCGAUCUCAAGAUCUUCCUCGAAAGCGAGUCGUUCAACCUGGACGUCAAGAACAAGGAGAACAAAGAGCCCGACCUCGGCCAGAACAAGGGCAUGCUUAGCUCUUUCGGCAUCUCUGUUGGUGGCAGCAGUGGCAAGUUUGUAGAACAUGAUGAUUGGUUUCAUGACCGGAAGAUUUAUAUGGAUGCGCUGGAGAACCAGCUGAAGGCCUUGAUGAAAUCGAUUGAUACGGUUGUUGCUCAAAGAAAGGGACUCUCCGAGGCUGCCGGCGACUUUUCCGCGUCGCUGCAUGCAUUGGCCGCGGUUGAACUUUCGCCCGCUCUGUCAGGCCCACUGGAUGGACUGUCGGACAUCCAGCUGCGCAUCCGGGAACUGUACGAGCGACAGGCGCAACAGGACGUUCUCACGCUGGGGAUCACGAUCGACGAGUACAUCCGGCUGAUCGGCAGUGUCAAGACGGCAUUCACCCAACGCCAAAAGGCGUUCCACAGCUGGCACGCGGCGGAGACGGACCUGCUGAAACGCAAGAGCACGCAGGACAAGCUUCUCCGCCAGGGCAAGUCGCAGCAAGACCGGCUGAACCAGGCCAACGCCGACGUGGCCGACGCGGAGCGCAGAGUGCACCAGGCCCGUCUGCUCUUCGACGACAUGGGUCGUCUGAUGCGCAGCGAGCUGCAGCGCUUCGAGCGGGAGAAGGUCGAGGAUUUCAAAUCGGGCGUCGAGACUUUCUUGGAGAGUGCCGUCGAAGCUCAGAAAGAGUUGAUUGAACUGUGGGAGACAUUCCUCAUGCAUCUCGACGCCGACCAAGGCAGCCCGUUCUACGCCAACCAGGAGAAUUCGCUGCCGGAGCCAGUAGAGAAUGCGGGCGAGGGAGUCGAGGCAGCACAGGAUUAGUUUGACGUUACCCUUACU